AUGAUUUUUAACUAUUAUUCUAAACUCAAGUAACUAUUAUAAUAAGACAAUCAUGACUUGGAUUUGGCUACAAAUGAUUAAUUUAUACGAAUAAUUCCUAAUGAAAAGAAAUGGGAAAACGAUUAAUGGAAGGAGUAUAUAUAAAAUGUUGACUUCUAAUAUAUGGAUAGAAACUAAGUGUUAAGUUAAUUAAAAAAGAAUUUCGACCCAUCUCUAAGAUCAAUUAUAUAUCCUUGGAUUGCAAAUAAAACAGUACCUUCCCCAAUAGAUUAUAAGUUGUUUGCUUAAAAUCCAUGUGCUUAAGAUAACAUCAUCUUUAGGGAUAUUGAAAGAACUCACUCCCAUUUAUAGUUUUAUAAAAGUAAAAGAAAAUCAAGUAAAAAGCAUGUUUAAAGGGCUUCUUAAUAAUUAGACAGCGUAAAAUCAAUAAUUGAUGAAAAACUAUUAAAUGACUUUUUUUCUUUAAAUUAAAGAAGAUUAUUUUAUUUAUUGAGAGCAUAUGCUAAUUAAGACCCAAGUAUUGGAUAUGUUUAAGGAAUGAAUUAUAUUAUGGGACUUUUACUCUUUUUAUUGGAUGAUAGCAACAGCUUAUUUUCUGGAGAGAUGAAAGCUUAUUAAAUGUUUUUAUUUAUCAAUGUUAAAAUGAAUUGGUCAUAAACAUACAAUAAAUCAAUGAAAAAGUUAAAAUCGAUGGUUUAACAUGUUGAGGUAUUAUUACAAUAGAAUCUUCCAGAUGUUUAUAAAGUAAUUUGUAAUUUAGAUUAACCAUUUAUAUUUUUUAUGGAUUAAUACUUUUUUGGAUUGAUGAGUUACAAAACUCCUUUAGAAUUUUCAGCAAAAAUUUUAGAUAUCUUCAUAAUAUAAGGUGAAUAAAUUAUAUUUGAUGUGUUAUUGAGGGUGUUUACAUUAAAUAGAAAUGAAAUCAAAUAAUUAUAUGACAAAGAUGAAUAAACUCAAUUUAUUAAGGAAAUACUUCCUAUGAGUAUUGAAAAAUUUGGAAUUUAAGCCUUAAUUCCAAAUUCUGAAAUAAUAAUCUGA